CCAUAAUUAAAACUUAAUCAAUCAUGUUCAUACAUAUAUGGAGCAUAUAGAUAAAAUAUGUGCGAUGCGCGCUAGCACGCAGGAGUCUUCGGUGCGAUUCAGCUGUGUUCACGGAGAAGAAUUGGAUAUGGAAGCUUCCUCCCGUCAUAAACUACUCCUUCGUGGGGCCAAUUCACAGAAAGAUGGAGGGCAAUGCUCAAAAGGAUUCGUCAAAACCGAAGCCAAUGCAGGGCAGCAUGAUCCCCCCUCUGAGGCCGACACUACUCGAAACAUAGAUGCAAGGCAGCUGAAAUUCAAUUAUGUUUUGGUCAUGGUCCUCAUAUUUCUCAUUCCACCACUCGCAGCCUUUAUGCUUUUUCAGUGA